AACACCCCUAAAGAACCACCACAAAUACAGUCACAGAACAAGUUUAUCCGAAAAGCCAAACAGUGAAGUAGCUACGAAGCGCCUAUCCAAACCAUUCCCUCCCCUUCCGAGCUUGUCGAAUCGACGAAGCGGAGGCGAAGCUCUCACUCAGUCACUGCUUCUUACAAACCACGCAUUUUAAACACUCUUUGCUUUUUAAUCUAAGCUUUCAUGGCGAUGCACUUCUCAUCAGCGAUGUCUGUUCGUUCCAUUUUCCAGCCCAAACCAAAUCCUUCCAAAUCCCUCCUUUUCCUUCCAGAAUCUUACCAUAGAAGAGCUGAGAGCGCCACGUGCCAUGCUAGCAGUGUGAAUGUGAGCAAGUGGAGCUCAGCUGGAAACUACGUUAGACUUGUGAAACUCUCUGGAAAAUCCGUCGCUGUAAAACAAUUGGUGCACAUGAGAAUGGGAUUUGUGAGGUGUGCAACUAUCGAAGAAAUUGAAGCAGAGAAAUCUUCCAUUGAGAAAGAUGUUAAAGCUAGAAUGGAAAAGACUAUUGAAAUGGUUCGGACGAAUUUCAAUUCAGUUAGGACAGGGCGAGCAAAUCCAGCCAUGCUAGAUAAGAUUGAGGUGGAAUAUUAUGGAACUCCCGUCAGCUUGAAGGGCAUAGCCCAAAUCACCACGCCUAAUUCAAAUUCUCUUCUAGUUCAACCAUAUGACAAAUCAAGCUUAAAAGCUAUAGAGAAGGCCAUAGUAAGCUCCGAUGUUGGUUUGACUCCAAACAAUGAUGGUGAAAUGAUACGUUUGACCCUUCCUCAAUUGACAUCUGAAAGAAGAAAGGAAUUAUCAAAAGUUGUGGCCAAACAGGCUGAAGAAGGAAAGGUUGCAUUGAGGAACAUAAGAAGAGAUGCAUUAAAAGCAUAUGAAAAACUUGAAAAGGAAAAGAAGCUCUCAGAAGACAAUGUGAAGGAUUUGUCAAGUGAUUUGCAGAAACUGACAGAUGGGUAUAUUAAGAAGGUUGACAGCAUCUACAAACAGAAAGAGAAGGAGUUGCUGAAGAUUUAAUUAUUGUUUGCUGACAGAUGUAAAUGGUGAGCUAUGUCCUCAGUGAAUCAUAAAAGUUAGCUUUCUUUUUUGGGUGAGUUUAUGGUGGAUAUUGUCUAUGCCCCUAGAAGGACAUUUUUGAUGCUAAUGAGAAACAAUGAUACUUCACUUCAAAAUGAAAGGUGGAAAUCUUUUCUUAUAAGCUUUUGGUAAAAGUUGUUUUUGUAUAGCAACUUAUAUGCUUAUUUCCUGUGAACAUUGAAAGGUGACCAAGCGAUGAGUUGGACUGUUUUAGACGGUUGUCCCACAAAUAACUGUUAUGUUUACUGUUGAACAACAAAAAAUACCAGUUCCAUUUAGUUUUCUUUUC